CUCGCAUUAGCGACAACUGUGUUUAACUUUUGGACCCACAACUUUAGACUCACCUGAACUUCCAACAUGACGGCCGACAUCUGGGACGUUGUUAUAGUCGGAGCCGGGCUGUCCGGGCUCAGUGCGGCUCAUCUGCUCACAAAACGGGACGCCAAGCUCAAAAUCCUGAUCCUGGAGGGGAAAGAUCGAGUGGGAGGUCGCACCGUGUCCUCUGAAAUCCCAGCAGCCGACGGUGCUGACCGCUGGGACUUUGGAGGACAGUGGGUCGGAAGCACACAAACACACAUUAUGGAGCUCAUAAAAGAGUUGGGGUUAGAGGUGUAUCCUCAGUUUAAUGACGGGAAGAAGGUGCUUCACGUGGGUGGACCUGCUUCCAGAGUGAGAACCUACCGGACCGGCAUCCCUGCUCUGUCUCCGCUGGUGCUGCUGGACUUCAUCCAGAUGCUGUGGAAGUUUGACAGGCUGUGCAGAACGGUGUGUGUUCAGGAUCCACUGAGGACCCCCAACGCGGCGGAGCUGGACAGCAUGACGGUGCACUCGUACAUCGAGCAACACGCUUGGACUGAAGAACUGAAGGAGCAAAUGGGAGUGUGCAGCAGGUCCGUCUUCGGCGUGGAGCUGUCCCAGAUGUCCUUUCUGUUCUUCCUCAUGUACGCUGCUGCGGCCGGAGGGCUCCUGGCGCUCCUGGAAAGCACUCCUGGUUGUGCUCAGGAGUUUAAGAUAAAGGGAGGCACCCAACAACUUUCCGAAUGUCUGGCGCAGCAGGUUGGGUGGAAGAACGUCCGGCUGGGCUCUGCUGUGAUGGCCAUAUGGCAGGAUGGCGAGUGGGCCAGGGUCAUGACGACCAGCGACACCUUCCUGUGCAGGGCUGUGAUCGUCACAUGCCCCCCUCAUUUGGCAGCAAAGAUCCAGUACCAGCCGGCGCUGCCCAGCAUGAGAGAAUUCCUCACCCAGAACAUGCCUGUCGGCCAUAUGAUGAAGUUUAUUGUAACAUAUCAGACGGCCUUUUGGAAGGAGAACGGUUUCUCCGGAGAAAUUGUGGCAGGAUCUUCCACCGACUGUCCGUUCUGUGUCACCUUUGACGCCACCAGCCCACGUGGGAACCCGGCCCUGGUGGGCUUCAUUUCCGGCCAGCAGGCGACUCUUUGGAGCGCGAGAGAGGCUGGAGAAAGAAGAACAGCUGUGCUUUCUAGUCUGGUGAAGUACCUUGGUCCUGAGGCUGCAUCGUGCAUUCACUAUGAGGAGAAAGACUGGGCUAAGGAGGAGUUCAGCGGCGGCUGCCCCGUCAAUGUCAUGGCACCCGGUCUGCUAACGUUUUACCAGCCGAGCCUGAGGAAGCCCUGUGGCAGGAUCCACUGGGCCGGCACUGAGACCGCCACCCGAUGGUGCGGCUACAUGAGCGGUGCCGUGCAGGCGGGGCAGCGGGCCGCUCUGGAGGUUCUGGCUGAAGUCAGCCAUGUUGUCCUGACAGCGGAGGAGCAGGAAUCUCUGAUCCAGAGUCAAACUCUCCACCGUCCCCCGAAGCCAACCGCGCUGUCUGCGCUCCUCAGGAGGCUCACUAGGAAGUCCGUGUUGAUACCGGUGCUGACGAUAAGUGCUGCUCUGCUGCUGGUUCGGAAGCAAGACGUUCUGACGAAGAUCAAAACUUACAUAGGUACUUUCUAAACUAUGAAGCGAUACUGUAACAACAUCUUUAGGAGAAACGUCCAUUGAAUUUGUUUGUGUUUGUGAAGUUAAGCUCCAUGAAAUGACUUGGUGUUGCUAAAACUUCUCAAAUCCAAUCUGAAGGAUAAAUUCUUAUAUUAACAGAAGAAAAAAAUUAUGAAUUUAUUUUGAAUUAAUACUUCAAAUAAAUGCAUAUCUAAAACAUUUGAAAUAAAACGUAGCAUCUGAAGCUAAGAUAGCUAGCCACAAUGCUACUUCACAUGCUGAGGAGUGGCGUUUGCGAACCGGCCAAUCCAGGGGCACCAUUCACUUUUCUUGGUGCUGAUUGGCCGGAAGAGCGUAAAUAAGGAAAACCAUAUAUAUGAGUUUCUUCAGUAGAACCAAGACGGUUUUCACUUUGUGUAUUAAUGCAUAUUCAGGUGUGUUUUAGAGUUUAAAUGAUCAAAAUAGGGAUUGCUGAGCAUUUUAAAAAGGGAUUUAAAAGAGGCGGCUGCAAAAUAUGAUUUAAAAAACACACCGACUUUCUGCCACUUCUGAGUUUAUGGACUUUUAAUUAGCUUUGUCGCCUUACUAUUUUCAUUUGUUUAUUUGCUUCACACCAGUUAAUUUCAGUGGUUGCUUUUCUUAGACUGUUCAUCUUUUCUCUUAUGUUAUUUUACCAGAUUUGAUUAGAUUUUUGCUGUUAAUUACCUCAGUGCCACCAAGAUUGACUUUAAACCAUCCACCCACUAAUUCAAUAAGAAGAAAAUAAUCAAAACUGCUAUAAUUAAAACAGCGUAAAAGUCUAAAAGUUUCCAGAAGAUGAAUGGAAAGAGAUUUAAUAGAUUUUUUUAAGUUUUUGUGCCCAACUUUAGUCUAAUGUAGAAAAGCAGGAGACGAAGAUUAAAUUAAAAUUUUCCAGACUUUCCUGCAGAGGAGUAGAAAAUCGGAGGCACAGCAAAUUUAAUGUAAAUACAUAAAUGUUUUUGUAACCUUUCAAAUAAAAUACCCAUGUUUAUUAAAUACAAAAUAAACAGUAACUGCUCAUAUGAGCAUAAACAUUAGCAGAACUCUAAGAAUCUAUGUUUCCAAUCUCUGAAAUCUAUUUCUUUAAAUACAAAAAACAAUCUACGCCAGUAGUACAACCGCAUAUUAGGGUAGUAUUAAUUCAUAAUAUUACUCAAGUAAAAGAAAAAAGUAACACUACUGCUAUAAAAAAUGUUACUCAAGUAAAUAUAACUAGUACUCUGCCUGAAUAGACAACAAAAUGUAGCUUAUUCGGUGACACUUUAUUUGAAGGGGUGUGUCAUAAUGACACUUUCAAUGCAAUGUUGCACUAAAAGAUGCAUUAAAAGUCCAUUAAAUGUGUAAACUUUGAAUUAUUUGGUCAAUAAUUACACUUUUAAUGCAAAGUUCUAUUAAAAUGUGCAUAGAAAGCAAAUUAGAAGUGUCAACUUUGCAUUAAAAGUGUCAUUAUUUACUUUUGCGGGGCAAUAAAAAAAAAUAAUAAAAAAAUGUUUCCAAAAGGUUUCAGACUUCCUCCAAAGUCCUCCAAUCCAAUCCAAUCCAAUUAUCAAUGAUAAUCCCAUAAACCAAUCACUUCACCCUUAAUUAGCUUAGAGGUGACAUUGUCUUGACAUUUGAAGCUUAUAAUUCACUUUCAUUGAGUAAACACAGAUACUCACUCACUGAUAUCCAAUUCAGUUGAUGCAGCCAUUCUGAAUAAUUAAAGCUAAUUAAAGCGUAAAUCAAAACCUCAACUUUGUGCCAACACUGACGAAAGCAAACUGAUCAACUCUGGUUGAUUCCAGAGAUUUAAAAUAGGUUAAUUACACUUUUUAGCAUGAUAUUGGUUAUAAAAUAACUUAGGAAUGUCCUAAUUCAGCCCUUCUCCAAUAAACCAGGACAAGAUGAAUGAUUUGUUCCUGCCUUAAAAUCUGAAUUGCAUGCUAAUGAGGAGAUUCAGCCGUUUUAUUCUCAUGAAUUUAGAGAAGGGAUUCAUGUAAACUUUGCAGUAAAUUAGCUGUAAAUCAUUGGGGUUUUUUUACGCUUUUCUGCACAAUUUCUACUCAAAAUAAAAUGAUUGCAAUGUU